AUGAAGUCUGCAGUGGCUCAGGUGGCGUACAAUUUCUACAUCUUGGGCUUGCCAUAUCAUUUGCCUGAUCCCGUUCUACACUUGCAGGCCAGUGAGACGUCCACAUCGUCAUCGCUUCAAGCACUGGAGGAUGCGCCGUUGGUCAUCGACAUCGGCAUGGGCCUGGGCGCCGAUUCGCGCUACUAUUUGUCCCAGGGCUUUCGCGUCGUCGCGGUGGAGGCCAAUCGCAAGGCCAUUGAGGUGGCCAUGACCAUCGACUGGGUCCAGCCCUUGGUCCUGGAAGGGCGGCUCACCUUUCUGCACGCGGCCAUUGCUGGUGUGGGGAAAGGUGGCUCUCGCAGCACGAUCUUCGCCUUCGAGGAACGGCCUGAACAAAGCAAUGCGCAGCCAUGGGUUGAAGAUUUCGGUGGCAAAGCCGAGUCAGUUCGGACGGUGGAGUGCGCCGAUCUGCUGCGGGUCUUCGGAUACGCCGUCUACAUGAAGAUCGAUGUCGAGUCGAGUACCAUCGAUUGCUUGGAGUCCUUAGCGGAAUCCCAAAGUGAAGGCAAUCGCAGUCCGGUGCCCUUGCCCAAGUUUUUAUCCAUGGAGUUGGAGGCGGCCUCCCUGUUCGAGCGAUUCUAUGAGAACCUACAAAGGAUGGGUUAUCUCUUCUACAAGGCCUGUCGUCAGUACAUCUACUCCCCCGCCCCCUGCGAGCAGGGCCGAUACAGCCGGGAGGUGCCCGGCUGCGGCAGUGGCCCCUUCGGUACUGCCGCGGUGGACUACCAACAGGGCCUCAGGUGGAAGGGGCUCUCCGAGCUCCCCUCAGACCGUCGAUGGGUUGAGGAGUUCGAAAGUGGCCUUGAUUGGUUUGAUUUACACGCAAUGCGAGUCGCCUGA